AUGGCUUCGACAAGCCGGAGAGACAACUACCAACAACCGUCCCUCGAGGACGACGACAUGAUAGAUCCCGAUGAUGCCGACCUCAACGACUUCGACGACCCCCUCCAGCCAUCCUCCUCGCGCGCCCCACUGACAGGCAACAUCGGGCAGUCAUCGUCCUCGUCAUCGCAGCAGCCGCUGAACCAGGACUACCUGACGUCGCGCAUAGGCGGGGAGGACCGGCGGGCAGAGCAGAGCACGAUCGACGAGAGCGUGUGGGACACGCUGCGGCGGGACCUGCUGGCGGUGUGGAGCAAGAUGCGCGAGGUGCUGUGGCCGCGGUACCUGCUGGGCGGCACCAUGUUCGAGUCGUCCGAGGGCCUGCGCGGCGCCUACGCCAACCUGCGCGGCGCGGGCAUCUCGGGCGCCCGCGAGGAGCUGGCCGGCCUGGCCGGCCGCGUCAUGGACACCGAGGCCCUGCUGCAGAACAACAUGACCCCCGGCCUGCGCGACUGGGACCUCUGGGGGCCCCUCAUCUUCUGCCUGCUGCUCAGCAUGCUGCUCAGCUUCAACGCCGGCGUCGACCAGCGGGAUGAGGUCUUUAGCGGGGUGUUUGCCAUGGUGUGGAUUGGGGAGGCGGUUGUGACCUUUCAGAUCAAGCUGUUGGGUGGGAACAUCUCUUUUGCGCAGAGCGUCUGCAUCAUCGGCUACACGCUCUUCCCGAUCGUCAUCGCCGCCAUGCUGUCUGCGCUGCAUCUGCCACAAAUUCCCCGGAUUCCGGUCUACCUGGUGCUCGUGGCGUGGUCAAUGGCGGCUGGUGUCAGCAUUCUCGGUGGCAGCGGGGUUGUGAAGAACCGCGUCGGGCUUGCAGUAUACCCUCUAUUCGUCUUCUACCUGGGUCUCGGCUGCUUGUGCUUCAUCAGCUAG